AUGUCGCCGCCGUUGGCGGCGGCAGCAACCCACCCUCCCUCUCUACCUCCUUUAAUUACAGCGACACCCACACCGCGGCGCCCAAGCUCUCAGAGGCCUACCUCAUAUGUUGAGAGGCGCAUGUCUACCUUUUCUACCCAUUCAAAGGCUUCAUACCAGCCUCCAUCCCGACCUACCUCGCACGUCUUUCCCGCCUUUCACUCAAACCUCUCAUACACCCUCGUGCGCGAUUUUGCGUAUUUAUCCACCCAUCCUUUACAUUACGGACCUCCUCCGCAUCAGUCAGGGCUGUCGACGCCCGCCAGCGAGUCAAGAAGGUUGUCGGAUCCCGCGAUUUCCUCCUGGGAAGACUCGAGAGUCAACUGGUCUGCGACACCUCCGUGGAUAUCCGAAGCGAGUACGAGCUCAUGGGGCCGUGAUCGACUUCCAGCGAUGACAUUCCAGGAUGGCGGGCCACCCUACAGCGAGGACGAAGACAUUCAGUCGCCCGUUGUAACUACGAGCCGGCAUAAAAAACAUAAAUCUAACGAACGAGGAAGGUCUCCCGGUGCCGCAGGUGCCAACCGGGGCACUUUAGUCGAAGCCAGCGGUCAUCAAGACGACGGUGAUGGACCUGGCGAGGCGGUGGAUACCUACGAGAAUAAUGUGCUGUUAUUCCCACCGCGACCGCAAAACGGGGACACGCACUCUACAGGCCCGGUGCAGGGUACGCAGUCACCAUACAACGCAGAGGAACCGUUUUCUGGCGACGAUUACUCCGAGGCUGACGAUGACGCGCGAUUCUCCAAGGAUUAUUCCUUUACCAUUGCUAGUCCAGAUGAGGAAAUGCAUGGCAAGGCUGUCGCAUUGUUCGACUUUGAAAGCGAGCAUCAGAAUGAACUGCCUUUGAAAGAAGGACAAAUAAUCCUGGUCUCCUAUCGACACGGCCAAGGUUGGUUAGUAGCCGAAGAUCCUAGGACCGGGGAAAGUGGACUUGUUCCCGAGGAGUUUGUGCGGCUGGUGAGGGAUAUUGAAGGUGGCCUUCAUGGGCUCAACUCGGUGACUCUGGACGAUGGAAGUAUGGACCUGACCAGCCCGGCCUCCGCCGACCCGAGUUCGUCGAAUACACCUGUGCCUACCAACCACGAUUUCCCCUUGCAUAAUGGCAUCAAACCGAGUCACGGCAGUGGCGACCCAGCUGAGAAACAUGAGAAACACCCAUCCGUUCAGUCGAAUUUCAGCACCAGCAGUCGAGACUUCAGCCCAUAUCCUUUACCAGGAAAACCUGAGGAUGUCACAGGUACAACAAUACACAGCACAGUGCGGCCUUCAAAGGAGAAAGAAGCUCCGAGCACAGACAUUAGUUGA